AUCCCUCUAUCGACAAAAAUAUAACAUAAACUUCAAAUUAAUUGUCAUUAUCAAAAAUAUAUUCUUCCAUGCAUUGAGAAUGUAUACAGUGAUGAUUCUUUUGGAUGGUACUUCCAGAACUGUCACUUCCAUGCAGAAUUUGAUUGUGGACAUUUUUUCUAAUAAUGAUAUGACUUCUUGUAGGACAAACCACUGAUUUCUGAAGUCACAAUAUGGUAAUAGUCAGAUUACAGCUGUAAGAUUGAGGACCACAGCACUGCGGCAAACCGUCAACUUUAACCUCGGGGAACUUCGAAAUGCGGAACCGGAAACCUAGAAACCUGACUCACAAACCGCGGGGAAACGUAAUCACGGACAAGGUAAUCAAGUGUUUGCUGAAUAAUGUCCCAAUAUGGCCGAUGCAAAUGAAGAAAAAUUUCUAAAGGUUGUAUUUCUUUUGAUGAAGUAUGGCACAACAGUUUUACAACAAAGAAUCAUAUAUGAACUUCGAAACACAAGAUGGCAGCGACUUCCUGCUUUCUUGGAGGAAAUUAAACAUCGGAUAUUUCAUUUGAUGCUUUCCAAAGAAUGUUGUGCUGGAAAUUGUAAAAUACCCAAAAAAUCUUACAUACACCGAGAUGUUUUAGGACUUAUGUAUGAAAAUGUAGAUGACUGCUGUUCAAAAAAAUUUAUACAUCGAUGUUGUUGCAAAUUUGUUCCUAAAUCUGAUUUAGACACAGUGAAAAGCUGGGAUAUAACCCUUACAAGUUGUCUGCUCUUGGAAUUCCUUAUCGAAGACAGAGGGCAAAGAAAAGUGGUGGAAAAUAUUCGGGAUUUGAGGAACAACAAAGAAUUAUUACACAGAGGGAAUGCUGAAAUGGACUCGUGCAUGUUUGAUCAGAUUUGGCUGAAGCUGUCGAAUGCCAUAAAGGAGAUGGCGGAAAAGUGUGAACAACAUUUCUACCGGGAAAUUUGUGAGAGUGUGGACGGAUUGAAGACAUCGCCUCUCACUGAGGACAAUCAAAGGACAUCACGGAAAUUUUGGGAACAAACAAAGAACGAAUUUGACGUCCAAGCCCAGACGCAUCAGAUUUCUGAGAAAGUGACGGAGGUUUCCAACAAACUGUCAGACUUGACUAUUCAAAGGGGAGGACAGCAAUCGGAUCCUGAGAUGGAAAAUUUGCUCCAUUUUUCAGAAAUGCACAUGAAAGUCCACCAAAGUAAAGUGUACAUAGAACCUCGGAAAGCUAUGAGACAUUGCGUCAAGCUUCUCGACAAACACCGAUUUAUCUGCCUGACGGGUGACGCGGGAAGCGGAAAAACUCACUUUGGACUGCAGCUGAUGGGAAACGUAAAGAAAGAGCAUCAAGAUGCUAUUGUGCUAGUACUUACCAAGAGCAGUCAGUGGUUUAGAUUUGUAUCCAAAGAGAAAAAGUUUGUUUUGUUUGUUGAUGACAUAUUAGGAAAGUCCAAUGUUAGCGAAAGAAGUUUUGAAAAAUGGAGUAAGGUAUUCGAUGCAAUGCAUCUUAGAAUUAGUGAUAGAAACUUCCCAGUCUUUAUUAUUUUUUCAUUCAGAAAUUGCAUUUGGGGAUUGAUGAAGGAGAAAUUAAUGGACUAUGUUUUGUUUAACAUGUAUAAAACUUCGAGUUCACCGGUCGAUCUCUCAGGGCUAGACUUUGGCAUGACUGAUCGAGAAAAGAAGCGCAUGUUACGCGAGUUUUGCAACCUUCAUAGAAUUUCAGUUUGUGAAUCCUUAUAUCUAGAAGAUCGAGCAUUUGAGUCUUUAGAUCAGAAUGACUUAUGUCUGUGUGAACAGACUCUGAAUAACAUCGCUAAGAUGAAAACUGUCAGUGGGUUUCCUCUGCUUUGCGAAGAGUUUUUUUCAAACCCCGAAUCCUUAAAGCAAAGGUCAACAUUUUUCUUAACUCGCUCUGCCUUAAGUCAUUUUAAAAAGCAGGUGGAUGAUAUGUUAGUGAAAGAUAAGUAUUUAAAUUAUGCUCUUUUGGUUUUCCUUUUCCUACAGGAUAAAGCAUUGAGUUUAGAUAGUGUCUGGAAAUUCAAAAAGGAGAUUGAAAAAAUUGCAGAAGGACUUGGAUUACCGAGACAUGGGGUGGUAUUAAACAAAGCCAGGAUUAGGGGUUGUCUGGAGGACAUGAACAUCUUUUUAAGUUCUUCAGACGAAGGAUAUAGAAUUCGACACAUGGUUGUAUAUGAAGCAAUCUUGCUGUCUUUUGGUGAAAAUUUUCCUGAAAUGUUCUUGGAGCGUAUAGACAAGUCUGUUGUCUUUACUUACGUUAGGUCCCAGAAUUAUGUGUCAGAGAGGUGGGAAAUUUGUAUGCAUUUAGAGAUGGAUAUGACUAAACAAUUCGCUGAAAAGUUGAUAGGUCUUUAUACCCCUAAUUCAGCUGAUGCAUACACAGAUGUGUACAAGCACCGUUCCUUUAAUGAUGACGCGCUGGUGUCUUGUUUCUUGGAGGUUGUUAAAGAAGAUGACAGAUUCAAUACUUUUCUAGGGUCCUUUGUUGCUGGGGCCUGUAUGAAUAAAAAAGAUAAAUUAGCUAGUGAAACAAUUAGAACAUUUAACGAUCGAUUUCACUUUGAUUUUGAAAUAUUCGAAGUUAUUGUGGAUUAUGACCUGAUUCAUACCUUUCAAAAGUUUAUUGAUAACUCUGAGUUUAAAGAAUUAUUGCUACAAAAUCUUCAAUCAGAAGAGUUUUGUACUAAGUUUUUACACAAAGCUUGUCAAAGUGGUUCUAGGGAAUGUUUUUUGGGAACACUAUCUCUGCUUGAUGAGAACAGGGAAUUGGAGACUGAUGGCGACUACUCUUGUGUAAUAUCAACAGAUACUGUAGAAAGUCUUCUAAUGAAUAUAAUAGUUAGUCAUAAUGAGGCUCCGGGAGCUGAUUGGAGGGAUGUUCUAUCUAAACUUGUCGAAUUAGUUCCUUCUGAGAUUGACCAACAAAGUAUGUAUAGAAUUAUAAUCACUUACUCUCUUGUUUUUGAAAAACUUGAUAUUGCACAAGAAUAUCUUGAUUUGAUUGUUUCAUUGGAUUCUUCUGAUGUGUCUCGUUGGAUUUAUCAAUGUUUUAAGCAUGAUGCAGGUCCAUGGAAGUUUUUUAGUGCAUUAAUUACAAAGGUACAUGCCUUGAAUUUAAUGAAUGAAUUUAAGGACAAAGAAGAGUGCACUUUAUUAGCAAUACUUGGUGCUCGCUAUAAACGUGAGAGCAUGGUUAUGAAGCUGUUAGAUGAGUUUGAGUGUGAUUAUGAACUGCAUGUAUCAUAUUUGAAUGGUGAAACAAUACUACAUUCUUGUGAAGAAAACAUGUUCAGUGAUGCUAAUUUAGUGACCAUUCUAUGUAAAUCUGGGCCAGAGGUCAUGUUUAACAGAAAAAACUAUAAAGGACUAACACCGGUUCAGUGCAGACCAUCCUAUCCCGGGGCUAGGAAAUUUCGUAGUUAUCCCUGGGUCAGGAAAUCUGGGACUAACAUGUUUACCGACCUUGGUUCUAGGAAAUUUCAUAGUAUGGACAAUUUACAUGUAUCUCAGCACUCUAAAUAUAGUGAUGACACUGUACAUAGGUUAAUUUGAAUAUAUUUUAGAACUGCAUAUUUUCGUGCUAUAUGUAUAUAUAUAUAUAUAUAUAUAUACAUAUAGCACGAAAAUAUGCAGUUCUAAUAUAUAUAUAUAUAUAUAUAUAUAUAUAUGUGUGUGUAUGUAUGUAUAUGUGUGUGUGUGUGUGUGUGUGUGUGUAUAUAUUGAUGGCUAUUUCAAUUCAAUUCUUUAUUGACACUAAAGCACAUGCAAGUGUUGUUAACCAUGUAGUAUUAGAUACAUAUAUAUAUAUGUAAUUCAAUAAAAAAGCAGGAAAAUAUACAGUUCCAAAAUAUAUUUAAAUCACUAGCGCUUUCUGGAUUUUAACAUCCAUCCUCAGGUGAAUACAAAUUAAUAAAUAAAGAUCAAUAGAUUAUUAAUUUGUAUUCACCUGAGGAUGGAUGUUAAAAUCCAGAAAGCACUAGUGAUUUAAAUAUAUUUUGGAACUGUAUAUUUUCCUGCUUUUUUAUUGAAUUAUUUUGACUGUGUGAUAUCAACUCUUUCUAUUUGGAUUAUGUAUGUAUAUAUAUAUAUAUAUAUAUAUAUAGUAUACAUAUAUAUAUAUAUAUAGUAUAGAUAUAUAGUGUUACAUGCCAGGUAUUAUAAUUGUAACAGCAGAUUCUGAGGUAUAAAGAGUCUCUGAUAUAUAAACAAUUUUUUUUGUAGAUGCAAUAUUUAGAGGAUUCAGCAAGAUGCAAGAUAAUCAUGAUAUUUUUGAAUAUUUUUCUCUCACAUGUUUGUAUAAAGGACAAUCAAGUAAAAAAUGUUUUUCAUCUUUGACACUGGUCUUACUGAUGUGCACUUAUUGUUAGUUUUGUAAGAUAAGAGCGCAGGUUCCUGUGAAUUGGAAGACACAAAUAUGGUUUCACUAAUGUACUAUAAAAGGAGAGUUUUCCACAUUGAGUUUUAUUGAUAUGUUGUAAAUUAAUUCUUCAAAAGUUUUAUUUACAAAGAAAUCUUGAAGCUUAGAACCGAGAAGUUCAUUUGCUGUAUCACAAUUGAUAUUCAACUUUCUUUGUAAUUGUUUUAUAAAGCUUUGCCAACAUUUGAAAUUUUAAUUGGCCAACUUUGUAUCUUCCAAGAAUGCAUUUUUUAAAACAAGGUUAUCAUUAACAUUAGAUUUUGUCAGAUCUUCCAAUCUGGAAAAAUAAUUAAAUGCGAGCUGAAAUAUUUUAACAUGUAAAGGGGAGUUGCCUAGUUAUGUACUAAUUGAUGAGAACUAUUUAACAUGUAAAGGGGAGUUGCCUAGUUAUGUACUAAUUGAUGAGAACUAUUUAACAUGUAAAGGGGAGUUGCCUAGUUAUGUACUAAUUGAUGAGAACUAUUUAACAUGUAAAGGGGAGUUGCCUAGUUAUGUACUAAUUGAUGAGAACUAUUUAACAUGUAAAGGGGAGUUGCCUAGCUAUGUACUAAUUGAUGAGAACUAUUUAACAUGUAAAGGGGAGUUGCCUAGUUAUGUACUAAUUGAUGAGAACUAUUUGUCACAGACAACCACCUCAUCUUGGUCCAGCUGUGAUUUUAUGCCUUAAAUAUUUCUAGGUACCUAUGUACUGAAUUUAUAAUUAUUUAUUUACUAUAAGAGGUGGUUACAUAGUGUAUUUAUAUGGACUAUUUUCCCUGAAUGUGGUAUUUGUUUUUUCAGUGUAAUAUUACAGACCUGUGUUUUGUGUAUGUUGAUAUAUCAUUGAAACAGUAAUUCACAUGAAUGUAUUAUUGAUAUUUGUCAUGAUUAGCAUGAAAUACAAGUAUUUAUUUAUUGAAUAUAUAAUUAUAUUAGCAUUUCA